UUUUUUAAAAAACCCUUGGCUUCCCUCUAAUUAUAAAUCCUAGUUUCCGGUUUCAUUCUACCACACAACACCAUUUGCACAAACACUUCUGCUUUCUCUUUGUUUUUAAAAUGAGAGGGAUGAAGAGUCUUACCAUUUGGGCUAUCUUUGCUGCUGUACUCUCCCAGCAGCUCUUUGCUUCUGUUGCUUCCAUAAAGUUUGAGGAUGAGAAAACAUACUACUCUCCUCCUGACCCAAAUGCAGGAUCUCCUCCCUCUGGAACUCCUCCAUCACACGGAGGAUACACUCCAACCCCUUCAACUCCAUCACAUACCCCUCCUUCUAACUGUGGAAGUCCACCUUACGACCCAAGUCCUCCAUCUCACACUCCAACUCCUUCUACUCCAUCUCACACUCCUUCAACUCCAUCUCACACUCCCUCAACUCCUUCUCAUACUCCAACUCCUUCGACUCCAUCUCACACACCAACUCCAUCACACACUAGUCCUCCUUGCCACUGUGGAACUCCACCUUCACACCCUUCCACACCUUCACGGCCUUCAAGGCCUUCACACCCAUCCAGGCCUUCACGCCCUUCCACGCCUUCAAAUCCUCCUUCUGGUGGAUACUACUCAUCUCCUCCACCAAGUACUCCUGUCGUUGUGACUCCACCAACACCCAUUGUUGACCCAGGCACACCCAGUACUGGAGGAACCCCUCCUUCUUCUGGUGGAUAUUACUCAUCUCCUCCACCAAGUACUCCAGUCGUUGAGACUCCACCAACACCUAUUGUUGACCCAGGCACACCCAUCGUUGGAGAAACCCCACCAACUCCUUCUUCUGGUGGAUAUUACUCAUCUCCUCCACCAAGUACUCCAGUCAUUGAGACUCCACCAACACCCAUUGUUGACCCAGGCACACCCAUCAUUGGAGGAACCCCACCAACUCCUUUUAUUGACCCUGGCACUCCUGGAACCCCCUUCCUUCCUGCUCCUUUUCCACCAAUCACUGGAACAUGCGAUUACUGGAGAAACCACCCUACGUUGAUUUGGGGUCUUCUUGGCUGGUGGGGAACUGUUGGAGGAGCUUUUGGUGCAGUCAGUAUUCCCAGUAGCAUUCCAGGGUUUGAUCCUCACAUGAACCUUCUUCAGGCUCUUUCCAACACCCGCACAGAUGCCAUUGGAUCUCUCUACCGUGAAGGCACAGCGUCUUGGUUAAACUCAAUGGUCAACAAUCAGUUCCCUUUCACAACCUCUCAAGUCAGAGACCAGUUUCUGGCAGGACUUUCCUCAACCAAGGCAGCCACAAAACAGGCCCAGACCUUCAAGCUUGCCAAUGAAGGUCGUCUUAAGCCUAGAAUCUGAAAAGAAGAGAGUUUCAUUUCUCAGUUGUUUCUUGGUUUGCAUUAAAACAAUCUUAGUUAAUUAUCCUAUGCAGUGUGUGCUCAGUAUAGUUUUAAGUGUCCUAUAGCUUCUAGUAGUCUUUAUGAUGGAUACUACUUUAUAUUUGAUGAUGUUGCUGUUUUAUUUUUUUCCUUGAUCUUGAAUAAUAAUGUAGUAGUUCCCCUGUUUCUCAA